GUCUCAUUUCCCUAAACAGCUCAGCACUGAGUUGUACUUCAGUUCCUCAUUUCUACAUUUUUCUGUCUCUACAGAGGCAGAAACACAGCUCUUGGAACUUCUUUUUUUUUUCCGAAUGUUAAGCAUUGCUGAUAAAACUUUUUUUUCGACCAUGUGUAUCUUUGGAAUGGCAUUAACAAGUGAAGAAUGUAAUAAAUUAGACAUCUCAUCAUUUUAGACAGAGAUGGAAACAUCAUUGAUUUUCUUUCCUCAAUUAAAUAUGUGCGAAUCAAAAGAAAAAACUUUUUUCAAGUUAAUACAUGGUUCAGCAAAAGAAGAAACAAGCAAAGAAGCCAAAAUCAGAGCUAAAGAAAAAAGAAAUCGGCUAAGUCUUCUCCUGCAGAAACAUGAGUUUCAUGAAGAGAGCCAUUCCAGUAGACCGAGACACUUCGCCAAAGAAACAAGAGUCUCCCUUGAAGAAGCAGUGAUAUGGGCUGAAUCAUUUGACAAACUGCUUUCCCAUAAAGAUGGACUGGAGACUUUUACCAGAUUUCUUAAAACCGAAUUCAGUGAGGAAAACAUUGAAUUUUGGAUAGCCUGCGAAGACUUCAAGAAAAGCAGAGACCCUCAGCAAAUUAUCCUUAAAGCAAAAGCAAUAUAUGAAAAAUUUAUCCAGAGUGAUGCUCCACAAGAGGUAAACCUUGAUUUUCACACCAAGGAAGUCAUUACAAAGAGCCUCACCCAGCCCACCCUCCACAGUUUUGAUGCGGCACAAAGCAGAGUGUACCAGCUGAUGGAGCAAGACAGUUACACACGUUUCCUGAAAUCUGACAUCUAUUUAGACUUGAUAGAAGGAAGACCUCAGAGACCAACCAAUCUGAGAAGACGAUCCCGCUCAUUUACUUACAAUGAAUUCCAGGAUGUAAAGUCAGAUGUCUCCAUUUGGUUAUAAAGACAACUAAUUUUGCUCAUUGUGAUGGCAAGCAUGUACAUCUGCUUCUAAGACAUAGCACAUUUAUGUUAACAAAUGGGCUCAUCUUUUAAAAUAAAAUGCGCCAUGGGAAAGGACUUUAAGGAUGUCAAUCAACAUUUUUAUUCUAACAAUACUGUAUCUGUCAAUAGUUUCUGUUAAACAUUCCAUUUGACUUCAUUCAUUCAUAAUGAGAAAAACUUAUUGCUUAAUUAAAUGGCAGUAGGGAAGUAAUAAUAAUGUUUUAUAAGAUUGUAAAGUUCAGGUUAAGCUUUUUCAAAACUGGGGACAGUUUAACCAAAUAUCGAGUUUGGAUUUUUUUUUUUUCUAGAUGUAAAUAACGUCAAUGCUUUGAUACAUAUUCAACAACACUUCCCAUAACGAUGAAGAUUCUGUCUGUGUAAGGAAAGUGUGGAAGUGAUCCGGUUCUUACGGUGGGAGAGGAUGGACAUUUGUUCUUGGGUCACUAACCCUAGCUCAAAGACAGCACUAUGUGACUUCUAGUUACAAGCCAGCAUCAGGAACUUUAGGGUGGGCACGUCCAUCUUUACAGAACAUCCAGGUGAAACACAACCUGGCUUGAUAACUGAGAACGGGAUCCACCUUUCUGCUCACUCCUGAGUGAGCCAGUUGUAUGGAGCACUUGUCUGCUGGUCCCAGAGACAUGACCAGAUGACACAUAGCUCCACAUUGGGACUGAGCAGACUAUUUUCUCACCUGGGAAGAGAACUUGCUACUAAAAUGAUGGGCAGUCAGUCAUUGGAGUGAUGACCAGAGGAGGUUUAUUCCAGGAGUAAACAGUUUUUAUUUGGGGGUCUUUAAGAACUGAGGUAGAGAUUAGAAAUAAGUGAACGGAAAGGAGCAAGGAGCCCAAGGCCCUAGAGAUGAAAGCAUCUGCUACAGUCAGAAAGUGUUCCCCCAUUGAUCAUGUUCUUAUUCCAAAUCUCACUGAACUGUUUAACACAUAUUUUUCAAAUAAUAUUAUGUUAAUAAAGUAUAUGUGUCUCCAGUUUACAGAAAUAUUUAAUUUUAGAUGUGUAUUGCAUGGUCUAUGAAUGUGUAUAUUUAAAGAUGCCAUACAUUUGGCUUUGGGAAAUUAUGUUUUAAUCGAAAUGUAAAAUAUGAUAACUAUAGAUCUGCUAUACUAAUAAAUCUUUUAAUAUUCUUCAUCCA